AUGGGGGGAUUAUUAGUGAGCCAAGUGACAACAUUCAAAAAGAUAUGGUCAACUAAACAAGGCGGGCCCGAUAAUCUCGGGACAACAUUUUAUGAGCCUAGUGAUAUCCCUCAAGGGUUUUCAAGUUUUGGCUCUUAUGCUCAUCCAAACAAUAUUCCGUUUUCUGGUCACAUUCUUGUUGGGAAAGACGUAUCAAAUAACCAUUUGAAGCCUGCUCUCAAGUCACCUAUUGACUACAUUCUUAGAUGGAGCAGUCAUUCUUUAAAUGUCACGAAAGAUGGUGAAGGCUAUGUUUGGCUUCCAAAUGCACCGGCUGGCUACAAGGCUAUCGGGUAUGUCAUCACUAGCUCGUCAGAGAAGCCGCCGCUUGAUAGAGUGAGUUGUGUCCGUGAAGACCUCACAGACACUAUGACGAACCCGACGAAUGCUGAUGUAAAAACGAUUACUUUUGAAGACAUAAACGUUCAUGAUCUAGGCGGGUUGAAUGUUUACCAUUCCAAGGGUGGUUUUGCUCUACAAAAUGAACGUUUAGCAAAAUUGUCGGGUGAUGCAAUGAGUUCCAUGCCUAACUUGACCCAAAUUGAAGCAUUGAUCAAAUCUUACGCCCCGAUUGUUUAUUUCCAUCCUGACGAGAAAUACUUCCCCUCUGCCGUUCAUUGGUUUUUCAAUAAUGGUGCAUUGCUGUACAAAACCGAAUGGCUUAUGCCGAUCCCAAUUGAAAACAGUGGGUCAAACCUUCCGCAAGGUGAAACAGACGAUGGGAGAUAUUGGAUUGGACUUCCAAAAGACGAAGCAACCAAAGAGAGAAUCAAGGCAGGAGAUUUACAAGAUGCCAAUGCUUAUUUCCACGUUAAGCCGGUUGAUGGAGGACUAUCUACCGACAUUGUCAUUUGGCUGUUUUACCCAUUUAACGGUCCAUCAAGGGCACAGGUGAUGUCUCAAUCUUUCAUAUUAGGACCGUUGGGAGAACACGUAGGUGAUUGGGAGCAUGUAACCUUAAGGAUCAGCAAUGUCAACGGCGAGUUGAGCAGUAUCUACUUUGCAACACAUAGCUGGGGUGAGUGGGUUAGUCCAUCCGGGCUGGAUUGGACCCCUGAUCAUAAACCAAUUGUUUACUCUGCAUUAUUUGGGCACGGGUCAUACUCCAAACCUGGGACUGUUUUACGUGGGUUCAAAGGGACGUCACAUGUGAUUGGCCUCAGAGACGACAUGUCUCAAAGUUCUAAGUCAAUGGACACAGGUGCUAGGGCGGUGGUGGUGGCGGCAGAGUAUCUGGCAGACGCGGUGGUUGAACCACCGUGGUUGAAUUAUAUGAGGAAAUGGGGUCCUAAAAUCCAAUACGGUGUUGCUGAAGAACUGCAGAAAAUAAAGGAGGGUCUGAUAUGGUUUUUAAGAAAACCAUUUCAGAAACUAAUUGAGAAGCUACCAAAAGAAUUCUUGGGUGCAGAUGGACCAACGGGGCCUAAAGCUAAAAGCAGUUGGGCUGGGAAUGAAGAGCUUAUAGUAUUUCAAGCAAGGGAUGAGGCUAUAUAA